AUGUUCAAUACGGUGCCUUUAAUCCUGAAAAAGAUGACGCCAUACCUGGCAAUGGUGUCAAUGCAGUUUGGAUACGCAGGGAUGUAUAUAAUCACCUUGGUGUCUUUGAACCGGGGCAUGAACCAUUACAUACUUGCUGUGUAUCGUCAUGCCAUUGCCGCCCUUGUCAUGGCACCUUUCGCUUUAAUUCUUGAGAGGAAAAUAAGACCGAAGAUGACGUUCCCCAUCUUCCUAAGAAUAAUGUUGCUUGGUUUUAUCGAGCCAGUGCUGGACCAAAACCUGUACUACAUAGGCAUGACAUACACGUCCGCAACAUUUGCCUCCGCCACAGCCAAUGUUCUUCCUGCCAUAACUUUCAUACUGGCCAUUACUUUCAGGUUAGAGAAGGUUAAUAUGAAGAACAUAUAUAGCCAGGCCAAGGUGAUCGGAACGGUAAUCACGGUAACAGGAGCGUUGCUCAUGACUUUAUACAAAGGACCCAUCCUUCAAUUCAUAAACAGCGGCGGAUCAACCAAUCACGGAGGCCCCGUCAACGCUGUCAACAAGCAUUGGAUCGCUGGCACCCUUAUGCUUCUUGGUAGGACUGUUGGUUGGUCAGGAUUCCUCAUUUUGCAAUCAUUUACGUUGAAGAAGUACCCAGCAGAGUUGUCUUUGACAGUACUAAUAUGCCUAAUGGGAACGGUGGAAGGUGCGGCUGUGUCACUUGUCAUGGAACGUAACAUGAGCGCCUGGAAAAUUGGAUGGGACUCCAAGCUCUUUGCCGCUGCUUACUCUGGAGUGGUGUGCUCUGGAAUCGCAUAUUAUGUGCAAGGCGUGGUGAUGAAGAAUCGAGGGCCGGUAUUUGUAGCAACCUUCAAUCCUCUCUGUGUAAUCAUCACUGCAGCUCUGGGUGUUAUUCUUUUAUCUGAAAGAAUCCACCUUGGAAGUGUGGUUGGAACCAUUUUCAUAGUUAUUGGCCUAUACGCUGUCGUUUGGGGAAAGAGCAAAGACAAUAAGAGCUCUGCGAUAAUCAUUGAUGAGGAUGAAAAAGGUGGAACCCCAGAAUUGCCCAUCACAGAUCCUGUCAAACAAAUCAACGACACCUCCCAUGAAACCGCUUAUGAAUUGAAGAACAAGACUGUUUCAACUUAGGAGCUAUAAUUUUUCAAAGACCCAAAAAAAAUAUAUAUAUAUUUUCUGAAAAUUUAUGCUACAAUGUUGGAGUGGAAGCUAUUAUUCUGUAUAAGCCUCUGUCCUUUUUUUUUUUUUUUUGUUUUACUUAUAUUUUUUUGUAAGUUUCAUAAAAUUGGAGGCAUCUUU